CCUGUUUACACCGCGGACUGUUUCCGAACUAGAAGCAUUAGCUUCCGUUCAAUAUUUAGUAACACUUGCUCGGGACACAACACUAAGUCAUCAGAAUGCUGACCUUGUCCCGGCGGGCGUUGGUGUAUGCGGCGGCUCCGGCCCCAGUUGCUGUCUGUCAAGGCGGAGUGACUGCAAUCACACGAUUCAACAGCAUGGCUGAGGCACCGCCAAAGAAGACAACAUUUGGACCCCUGGCUGACCAGGAUAGAAUUUUCACCAACCUGUAUGGCAGACAUGACUGGAGGUUGAAGGGAGCUCAGAGUCGUGGUGACUGGUACAAGACCAAGGAGAUCUUGCUGAAGGGAGUGGACUGGAUCCUCAAUGAGAUCAAAGUCUCAGGGCUGCGGGGGAGAGGUGGAGCCGGGUUCCCCACUGGCAUGAAGUGGGGCUUCAUGAACAAGCCCAGUGAUGGCAGGCCAAAGUACCUGGUGGUGAAUGCUGAUGAAGGAGAACCUGGCACCUGUAAGGACAGGGAGAUCAUGCGUAACGACCCACACAAGCUGGUGGAGGGCUGCCUGGUGGCAGGAAGGGCCAUGGGAGCCCGUGCUGCCUACAUCUACAUCAGGGGAGAGUUCUACAACGAGUCCUCCAACCUGCAGAUAGCCAUCAAUGAGGCCUAUGCGGCUGGUCUGAUUGGGAAGAACUCCUGCGGCUCUGGCUACGACUUUGAUGUGUUUGUGAUGCGUGGGGCCGGUGCCUACAUCUGUGGAGAGGAGACGGCACUCAUCGAGUCCCUCGAGGGCAAGCAAGGGAAGCCCCGCCUGAAGCCCCCAUUCCCUGCUGAUGUGGGUGUGUUUGGUUGCCCAACAACUGUCGCCAACGUGGAAACAGUAGCCGUGGCGCCCACUAUUUGUCGCCGUGGUGGCACGUGGUUCCUAGGCUUUGGCAGAGAGAGGAAUUCGGGCACAAAACUCUUCAACAUCUCGGGUCAUGUCAACACCCCCUGCACAGUGGAGGAGGAGAUGUCUAUUCCUCUCAAGGACCUCAUCGAGCGGCACGCAGGUGGCGUGCGCGGUGGCUGGGACAAUCUGUUGUGUGUGAUACCUGGAGGCUCUUCCACACCCCUCAUCCCCCGUUCAGUGUGUGACACCGUGCUGAUGGACUUUGACGGCCUGGUCCAGGCUCAGACUGGCCUCGGCACCGCUGCUCUCAUCGUCAUGGACAAAUCUACGGACGUCAUCAGAGCCAUUGCCCGUUUGAUUGAGUUCUACAAACACGAGAGCUGUGGCCAGUGCACCCCCUGCAGGGAGGGAGUGGACUGGAUGAACAAGAUGAUGUGGCGCUUUGUUAAGGGUGAUGCAGGGGUGGCUGAGAUCGACAUGAUCUGGGAAAUCAGCAAACAGAUUGAGGGGCACACCAUCUGUGCCUUGGGUGAUGGAGCCGCGUGGCCCGUACAGGGAUUGAUCAGACACUUCAGGCCUAUCAUGGAGACCCGAAUUGCAGAGUUCCAGCAGAAGGACCAGGCCAGGUCUUAAAUCUCUCCUUUGUCCCCUCCCUCUCUCCUGAAAAUGGCCUCAUGACGUCAUUCACCGUCUACCCAUCAUUCACAGAUUAUUGAAACAAGAAUGUGUUUCCUCUCACUCAUUGCCUUCCUGUUUUUGCUUUGUCUAAAGUCGCCAAUAAAGCUCUAUGAACCCUAAAAUAGGUAAACAAUUCAACAGUUAUAUGUAUUGUUUAUUUACUUAUAAAAUGUAAUCUUGGAAUUGCUACUUGUUUCUGAAUCAGUGUUUCGCUCCUGUCAUGUGUAACAGAUGGAAAAUUGUUGUGGGGGAUGUUACAUGAAAUUGCAGCUGUUGAUGAUGCUAUACAAAUUAUUUAUGAA